CCCCCCUGGUGUUUGCAAGCCUGGUGUGUGUUGGCGUGCCAGUGGUUCCUGCCCACAGUCUGGCCUUGUCAUUACACCCAGACCCAAUGGAAGUCCACAGCACAGACCACUUGGACUAGUCUGAAGUCAGAGUUCCACUUCUACUGCACAACUGUUGCUCCACCCGACUUCUGGAUUCUUCUUUUUUCUCUUUCUUCAUUUUGGGUUGUUUUUAAAGGCUGGAGUCAUGAUGUGGAAAACUGCUUCCACUUCACCUCACAGCACUCAGGGUUUGGAUCUCCACCACAAAGACGCCGCUGCCUGGCUAAAGCUGUGGUAAUUGGAGAAAAGAAGAAACGCAGACAGGUGGCAUGGACACGCUUCCUCCGUGUUUGGUGUGAUGCUGGGUCUCUGCUGAGCGUGCUGAACCCUUGAACCGUAACCGGCGCUGCUCUAUGACUGACCUCCUGUCAGACCGCCGCCAUGAUGUCAGUGGACGUGACCAACUGUAACGGGCCCUCCGCCAAGCCUCCCACCUCCCUCAGCCUGCGCUCCUCCCACAACCACGACGUCCUCAAACAGCCGGGCUCCUCCACGCCCCCCAAGUGUCGCAAAAAGUACGCGCUCACCAGCAUCCAGGCCGCCAUGGGGCUGGGGGAAGCGGCGCCGCCUUCGUCGACGUCGUCGUCGCCCGCCGCGUCUCCGCCGUCCCAGCCGUCGACCCCCAACAACCUCAAGCUGGCCAAGAACGGGAUGAACCAGCUCCGUAAAGCCGGGCAGGAUCACAAUAAAAACCAGACGGACGUCAGCGAGGACGAGUGUGAUUGUGAGAGCGCCACGGACGAGGGGGAGGAGCCUGACGCACACACCCAGGGGGAUGUGGCGCCCAAUCCGAACGCCAACACCGACCCAGAGUCAAAAAGUAGCAUCGACCGAAACGCGGAUCUCAAACUCAACGGCAACUCCGCGGACUUUGUUAGUGACUUCAACAUGGAGGUGGGACAAAGCGUGAAGGAAGUGAUGUCGGUGACAAAGGCCGAGGAUGACGAGGGUCGGCAAGACCAGGAGAAGAAACCCUCGCUUCUAAUCCAGAUUGAGUCUCCGGCCUUGACCGAGGAGCGCCAGACUUUGAGCAAGGACUCCCAGGUCCCGCCUCCGCCUUCCCCGCCCAGGCAGGCCAGCCCGGACGACGCGGCCCUGCUCUCCGCCUCCUCCUCCUCGUCCCCGGAGACCAAGAAAGACCGGCGGUCCGGUCCCAAGACGGACUGCGCCCUCAACCGGAUCCAGAAUUUGAACCCCAGCGACGAAGAGCUGAGUUGGACCACCUUGUCCCAGGAGAGCAACUCCCCAGAGGAGACCGACAUCUGGAACGAACAAUCCUUCCAAACGGACCCUGACUUGCCUCCCGGCUGGAAGAAGAUCACGGACAUGGCGGGCAUCUACUACUGGCACAUCCCCACAGGGGCCACCCAGUGGGAGAGGCCCGCCGCCCCCGGGGAGACGGCGCUCCAGGCGUUAGGUGAUCACACAGGUGUUCUACCUCCACGUAAACAGUCGCUGGGAUCCCUCAGCCCCUCCCCCACUCUUGACCAGGAGUCGUGUCAGGCUGAGGUCUUCUUCAGAGGCUCCACUCGCUCCGGCAGCACCACCUCCGACAGCUCUGUGGAACCUCUCCUGGAACACACCCUGCCCACAUGUGGAUUUGUCAACAGCUGCUACUUUCCUCGGUCCACAUCGCUCCAAGGCAUGUCGGAGCAGGACUGUGCUCCCCAGCUUCAGUACGACAAAGACAAGCCUCAGGUCCGCCGUGAUUUUGGCGGGAAGAUUGAUAGCGAGGUGUGGAAGGACUUGCAGGCGGCCACGGUGAACCCUGACCCCAGUUUGAAGGAGUUUGAGGGCGCAACGCUUCGCUACGCCUCGCUGAAGUUAAGGAACCGUCCAGCUGCGGAAGAAGACGACUCCGGCAGCACCAACGGUGACCCACAGUCCAAGUGUUUCGCAGUGCGCUCGCUGGGCUGGGUGGAGAUGGCGGAGGACGACCUGGCGCCGGGGAAGAGCAGCGUGGCCGUCAACAACUGCAUCCGCCAGCUGUCCUACUGCAAGAACGACAUCCGGGACACGGUCGGCAUCUGGGGGGAGGGCAAGGACAUGUACCUGCUGCUGGAGAACAACAUGUUAAACCUGCUGGACCCCAUGGACCGCAGCGUCCUCCACUCUCAGCCCAUCGCCAGCAUCCGAGUGUGGGGUGUGGGACGAGACAACGGCAGGGAUUUUGCCUACGUGGCGCGGGAUAAAAACACCCGGAUCCUCAAAUGCCACGUGUUCCGCUGUGACACGCCGGCCAAAGCCAUCGCCACCAGCCUCCAUGAGAUCUGCUCCCGGAUUAUGACGGAACGAAAGAAUGCCAAAGCCAUGGCGGGAGGCUCUCUGCAGGACAGGAUGCAGGCGGGACUCGACCUCCCUCUGCAAGAAUUCCCCACGCCAAAGACGGAGUUGGUUCAGAAGUUCCAGGUGCUGUACCUGGGCAUGAUGCCGGUGGCCAGACCUUUAGGCAUGGACAUCCUGAACGGAGCCAUCGACAGUUUAGUCAGUUCUUCCAUGAGAGACGACUGGACCCCCGUGGCCCUCAACGUGGCCGACGCCACCGUCACCAUCAGCAAGGACCAGGACGAAGAGGAAGUGCUGGUGGAGUGUCGCGUGCGCUUCCUGUCCUUCAUGGGCGUGGGACACGACGUGCGCACCUUUGCCUUCGUCAUGGACGCCGGCGGCCAUCGCUUCGACUGCCACGUGUUCUGGUGCGAGCCCAACGCCGGGAGCGUGUCGGAGGCUGUGCAGGCCGCUUGUAUGCUGCGGUACCAGAAGUGCUUGGUGGCACGGCCCCCCUCCCAGAAGGCGUGCGGCUCGUCACCGCCGGGCGACUCGGUGUCCCGCCGGGUGUCGACCAGCGUCAAGCGAGGCGUCCUCUCCCUCAUCGACACCCUCAAGCAGAAGAGGCCCGUCACCGAGUUGCCGCAGUAAACCGCCAGGCUUCAAAGGCGCCCCCCCCCCCCUUCCCACACCCCUCCCACUCGCCAUGGUAACUCCUGUAACCAUGGAAACACACCCCGGGGGUUCGGGGAAUCCUACGAUCUUCCAGACUCGACCCAGCGGGCGAGCGUGGGUUUGGGUGAGGGGGGGGGCGGUAUACAUAUAUCAUGCCCCUCCCCCGUAGGGGUGGGCUGCUCGACGGAGCACGAGCGUGCGUCGCCGCCCCCUUUUUUGCGCGUGCUGCAGCAUGAUGGCGCACGCCCCCUAACCCCCCCACACUUUGAUGAAGAGACCGCGAAGGAAGGAUGAAUGGUCCUGCAUGAAACGUUCCAAACAAUACCCCGCUGCUCGUCAAGCUUUACCUGCCUCGCCGACGCGCCGUUUUUGUGUGAAGACGACGACAGCCACGAGGGAGGAGGGAGGGCCCCGGGGCCUUCAAGGCCCUGUGACACCUGGUCAUAGGUGGGACUGGAGGUACAGUUUGUCCACCCACCUUACGUCCACAUGAACGCAGUAUUCUUCAUGUCAGUCUAUUAUACAGCAUUAUUCACAUGUGAAUAAUAUAAAUACAGUCUAUUAUACAGCAUUAUUCACAUGUGAAUAAUAUAAAUACAGUCUAUUAUACAGCAUUAUUC